CACAAAACUGUGUAAAGGAGCAGAUACUCGGUGCUUGCGUGCUACCUUCGUACACACACAUACACACACACACACACACACACACAGUCCACUUCGUUCAGUUGGUCAUCUUUGGAGAGGUGUGCUCAUCCAGUGUGAUAAAUAUUUCACACUUUGCGUGUUUUAUGCUCAAGAUGGACCAGAAAGACACCGAUAUGAAUGAAAAGGGAGUUACUUCUUCGAYCAGUGGAGUUGUGGUCCAAGUAAGAGAGAAGAAAGGACCUUUGCGUGCAGCUAUUCCAUACAUGCCAUUCCCAGUAGCAGUAAUAUGCCUAUUUCUCAACACUUUUGUUCCUGGUUUAGGUACAUUCGUGUCUGCCUUCACUGUGCUGUGCGGAGCGCGUACGGACCUGCCCGACCGCCACAUGUGCUGUGUGUUCUGGCUGAACAUCGCAGCAGCCUUCAUCCAGAUCCUCACAGCCAUCGUCAUGGUUGGCUGGAUCAUGAGUAUAUUCUGGGGCAUGGACAUGGUCAUCCUGGCAAUUUCUGAUGGCUAUAGGGAUCAGGGGGUUCCCCAGCAGGUUUGAGCCCAGCUCAACGUUAAGCCUGGAUGUAUGGUUGUCUCCUAGCAUCCCUCCGGCCAACUGGGGCAGAGAAAGAGCUGCGAGGAGGCCUCACCGCUGGGCGGGGAGCCAAGGCAGGAUGAUAUUCACAGGCUUAACUCUACUCUACCUACUGUACCGUAUCGCCUACUGCUCCAACUGCUGCUGCUCCACUUCACAGCUCAUUGGUAGAAUGAGGAGCACGUCAAUAUCGAUGGAGAGACGUUUUCUACACACCUCGAAGCGUCCUGUGAAAAUAGAGAAGAAUAUAACACAAUAGAAUAUAAAUAUGUGCCAACUGUAUGUACAGUACUGUACGGUGUGCUAAGGACUAUCUAUCCUGUCUGGGGCAAGAUUCAGUUCAGUGGCUUUUAUCAAAAAGUUAAAUGUGCAGUUUAUUCCUUUUGUGUAUAUUAUCAGCUGUUUAACCACUCACUUGAUUAGUAGACUUCAAUAGUCUGAAGAUGGUAUCAGUGUCUGUUAAGCCCUCCAGGAUUGUAUAGUGUGUGAUGUUAUUAAGACUUAUGGCAAGUGGAGAUUAUCUUGUUUUAUAUACAGUAAUAUUCUGCAUGGAUACCUUGUGUAUCAUUCUUCAGAUAUGUCUAUCAUAUUUAAACUACUCACAUCACACACAGACAUUAAUAGCCUUUUGUGACUUUGUAUUACUAUUUAUUGGUUGUUGUUUUUGUGAAACAUCAAUGUUUUGUUCAGUAAAUCAUUCUGGGCCAGUUGCCAUAGAUACUGUCCAUUUUAAGCAAGUGUCUUUGUGUGCACGUGGAGCUGAAGUGAAUGUAAUUGGUACAAGUUAUAGCAGGAGGAGACACGACUACAGUGACCAGUGGUGCUGUAUGAACCAUUUAAAUAGUGGUAUUUUAAAGCUAGAAAUAAUAGAAAAAUAGACAUAUACCGUAGAUUAUAGCAUAAACUUUGAUUGUGUUUAAAGAUUGGAUUGUGAAGAGCAUGACAUCCUCAUUGGAGACUGCCAUUACUUUCACAAAGAGAGAUAUUCAAUGCAUUUGUGAAAUGUAAAGACCACUUAACUGUUAUCCAAUUUGCCCCAAAAAGCUGUAAAAUCACGUUGGUGUACAGAACAGCAAAAAUAAGUGUCACCCUCAAUAAACAAAGUAUGUAAUGAACAAC